AUGGCUACAGGGGAGCAGCUCGUCACCAAGUUCAGCACUGUGGAGGACUUCUGGGCGCUGUACAGCCACAUCCAGCUCGCCAGCAAGCUCACCUCUGGCUGUGACUACUCCCUCUUCAAGGAUGGCAUCGAGCCCAUGUGGGAGGACAGCCAGAACAAGCGUGGCGGGCGCUGGCUCAUCACCCUGGCGAAGCAGCAGCGGCACACUGAGCUGGACCGUUUCUGGCUGGAGACGCUGCUGUGCCUCAUCGGGGAGAUGUUUGACGAGUACAGCGAUGAGGUGUGCGGUGCCGUCAUCAACAUCCGCGCCAAGGGGGACAAGAUUGCCAUCUGGACCCGGGAAGCGGAGAACCGGGAAGGGGUCACCCACAUCGGGCGUGUCUAUAAGGAGCACCUGGGCCUGUCGCAGAAGGUGGCCAUCGGGUACCAGGCCCACGCGGACACGGCCACCAAGAGCGGCUCCCUCACCAAGACCAAGUUCGUGGUGUGACUGCAGGGGGAGUGGGGCGCUGCCCGCGGGGUCCCCCUGUCCCAUCCCACAAUGAAUGUCUGCAGCU